UUAUAAUUUCAUACAAAAUAUAAAAAUAAUUUAGAAAACAUGCAAAAGAUAGAAGCUUAUCAAAUCUCUGUUGGCAAUAAAUGUUCAACGUGAAAUUUAGUUAUAGGGCUACAAGUUUCCAUUCAUCUAGAAAGUGACUACGAAGAAUAUAACAAAAGUCUACAGCGAGCAAGAAAAGCCACCCAGAAGUAAACGACUUAUGCCAUAAAAAAAAAAAAAAUAAAAAAAAAAAAGUUAUAUGAAAGAGAAAAAACAAAAAAAAGGCAGCCAACUUGCCAACUGUGUGUGGACCAAUCAGACCAGACUCUGGGCCAGCAAUCGCAGUAAAAACGAUUGUAAAUAAAAAGCACAACAACAAAAAGUAAACAAAAAGAAGGUAACAAACAAAUAUUACAAGAAGCAGGCACACACAAAACAAAAAAAGGGAGUUUCAACCGGCCAGUAGCCAGAGAGCUAAAGCCCAAAGCUGAACGAUCAAUGUUUAUUGGCGCUUUGGUCACGAUCGAAUCGCCAGUUGAGCUGAGAAUGUAGCUCAGAGAAAGGCAAACAAAAAAAACAGAUCGACAAUUGCAAUAAAGAAAAUUGUGCAAAAUGUGUGCAAAAAUUUAGCAACUAAAAAAAAUUAACAAAUUAAAUAAAUUCAGCUUAAAUGAGAAAAUGUAAAGUGCGGUGCGAAAAGUGUUUUGCGAAAGUCUCUUCUCAAUGUGUACUACAAAAUGUUUGCUGUUGCUUGGCCUCAGCAAGCCAACAACAAAAGAACUUGCCAACUAAUUUGUAACAAGCAAAAAACAACCGACAACAGCAAUGAGCAACAAUUAAAAAUUAGGCUUCAAUUGUAUGAAAAUUUAUGCAAAUCAAAGACGAGCGAUGGCUGCGUGGCAAGCAACAACAACAACAACAACACAGACGUGCAACAGCAGCAGCAACCACAACAACAACAACAGCAACAGCAACAACAGUGGAGGAAACAACAUUGUUGCCACACAACCACCGUCGCGUCAUUGCCAUUUGCAUUUAAUUGUUGUGAUUAUCUUGGCCUGCUGCACACGCUGGUUGUAUGGCUUGCCCGAUGGACGUGCCACAUGCCGCUCAGUGCCUGGUCUAACCAAGGAUCAGGUGGAGCUGUGCUACAAGGCAAGUGAUGUGACUGCCGCGGCACUGGAAGGUCUCGACAUGGCUAUCCGAGAAUGCCAGAUACAGUUUCAGUGGCAUCGCUGGAAUUGCUCAUCGCUGAGCACCAAGAGUCGCAAUCCGCAUGCAUCGAAUCUGCUCAAGAAAGGGUAUCGAGAGAGCGCUUUUGCCUUUGCCAUCUCGGCGGCUGGUGUGGCACACAGUGUGGCACGAGCCUGCAGUCAAGGACGCUUGAUGUCCUGCGGUUGUGAUCCCACAAUUAAUCGCAAAACGCUCAACAAGAACCUUCGCCAGUCGCUGGACAAGGAGAAGAAACAGUUUCUGCAAUAUCUAGAAACGAAUCAGAUUCUGACACCCGAGGAAGAAAAGAAAUAUGAACGCUCAAAGAUCGCCAGUCGCUGGAAAUGGGGCGGUUGCUCCCACAACAUGGACUUUGGUGUCGAGUACUCGAAACUCUUUCUUGACUGCCGCGAAAAAGCUGGCGACAUUCAAUCGAAAAUCAAUCUACACAACAAUCAUGCCGGCAGAGUGGCCGUCUCCAACAACAUGGAGUUUCGUUGUAAAUGCCACGGCAUGUCUGGCAGUUGCCAGCUGAAGACCUGCUGGAAAUCAGCACCAGAUUUUCACAUUGUCGGCAAAGUGCUGAAGCAUCAGUUCCGCAAGGCCAUUCUAGUGGAUCAAUCGAAUCUGGGCAAUGGCGAGCCAGUUGUGGUCUUGAAGCGAUCACGCAAUAAGAAAUCAAAUGGUGGCAAUGGAGCUGGUGUCAGCUCGGAUUUGGUGGCCGCCGAUGCUUCGGGCAUUCUGGAGGGUCGAGAGACGCAACGUGAUCUGGAUGCCGAGCGAGGCACGCGACAGACAAGCUCUGAUAAGAAUGCCGCCCGCAUGGCACGAAAAUUGGAGACGUCGCUCUUCUACUAUCAGCGAUCGCCGAACUUUUGCGAACGGGAUCUGGGUGCCGAUAUACAGGGCACUGUGGGUCGGAAGUGCAAUCGAAAUACAACAACCAGCGAUGGCUGCGCCUCAUUAUGCUGUGGGCGUGGUCACAGCCAAGUUAAGGAACGACGAGCGGAACGCUGUCGCUGUAAAUUUCAAUGGUGCUGUAGUGUGGAAUGCGACGAAUGCCAUGUGGAGGAAUGGAUAAGUGUGUGCAAUUGAGCAACUGAGAACUGGAUUAAAGACUUCUUCUCUUCAAAUUAACAACAGCGGCAGUUACAAUUUAAAAUUAAACAACAGUAUUAAAAUAUAAUUAAUUAACAACAAAAACAAAAGAAAUUAUAUAGUUUAAACAAAUAUUUCAUAUUGAAUAGGACUACAAAUAACUUGUCAACAGCUUAUUGAUCGAUUGAUUCAUGAUGUGUGAGUGUGUACAUUAUAUAUAUGUUUAGUUUAGCAAUCGAUUCCCAAUUUUCGAAUACUUGUAAAUACGAAUAAAUAAGAAAAACAAUUGGUCUGUCAA